UCCAUAGCGUUCAUUACUGUUAGUCGUCCGUUUGUCGAAGCUUCGUUCGUUCGAUAGUCCGCCGCGAUUGUCUGUUGAAAGUUGUUAAUCGAUUGCAAGUACUUUGCAUAUGCCGCGCAAAACAAAAUUUAUCGAGCUGCACGCGUAUUUCUAGUAUCUUUAUUUAUUGUUUCGUUUUGUGUCUUUGGUUUUCUGUUUAUUUUUUUUGUUUUUUUUUUUGGUGCUUCAACGUCACAAAAAUGCGUGUAUCGUUUAAGAUAUUAAGCCUGUUGGGAUUGCCAUUGUUUCUGCAAUUAGUUUCUUCAGCUUCGACUCCAGAUAAAAUUGAACCCAAGGUGGUGGGUGGUUACCCGAUUAACAUAAGCAAUGCACCUUAUCAGGUAUCAGUACGUCUGACAGCCCGAGAGCGACGGUAUUAUGGAUCGGGACAUAUAUGCGGUGGUGUGGUCAUCUCCCAGCGUCUGGUGGCUACAGCGGCCCAUUGUAUCUUUAACACGGAUACGAACGCAUAUCGCAAGUCUGGUGAAUUUGUACUCGUCAUGGGCAGCACGUACCUCUAUCAAAGCAAUUCGAACACACAGCAAUAUUAUGUGCAAGAAAUUAUUGUGCAUCCCUACUAUAACAGGGGAACGCUGGAGAACGACAUUGCCCUGAUGUUCUUCAAUGGUUACAUACCCUGGAAUUCGACGACUGUCAAGGCUCUGCCCCUAAACGAUCAUAUACUUCCAGCGAAAACCCCCUGCAAUGUCACCGGCUGGGGAGUCACUAAAUUUGGUAGUAGCGUAAGCAGCGAGACCUUGCAAGUGGGCCCAGUGCCGAUUGUCAGCUACACGGAUUGCGCCGUUGGAUACGGCACUUUGCCCAGGUCACAGGUGUGCGCCGGCUACAUGCAAGGCGUCACUGAUGCCUGCCAGGGUGACUCUGGUGGUCCAUUGAUGUGCAAUAAUACGCUGGCCGGCAUUGUCUCCUACGGCGUUGACUGUGGACGACCGAUCUAUCCGGGCAUCUAUACGAAUGUCUCCUUUUACCAUGAUUGGAUCGUCAGUAUGAAUCGCUCCCUCAACUACUUGGUCUAUAAGAAUGGUGGUCCGGCUCUGAAGUCUCCCGAUUCGGGUCUCUAUGGCAUUUUGCUGACACUAUUUGGCAUUAUUUUAGCCGUUUGGCAGUAGAAGUUUCAAUAUAUAGUAUAUUGAACAGAACUGAAUGGAACUGAUUGAUGAUCUAAUAUUAAUAAAUAUGUUUAAGUACUUAUUUAUUUAUUGUUCUUGUUAUUGUUUUGUUUUUUUGCUUUUUGUUAUUUGUUUUUUUUUUAAUCAGGAUCUGAAGUGCUUUAGCCUCGUGUAAACUAGCUAUUUGUUUCGUCUAUGAAUUUAUCUAAUCAAUUAAGGCCACUUCAGGGUGCGAAAUUGAAUUCUUUGUAAUGCUGAUAUUUUAUUAAUUAUACAUUUUAUUCUUAUACUCAUA